GAUAAAAAAAAGAAAAAGAAAUUAAUAAAUAAAAAAGGCUCUUCCCUCUAUCUCCCUCUCUCUCUCUGUCCCUGCGACUGCGAGCACGUAGAGAUCAGUGUCUCGCUUCCCUUUGCCUUCUUCCUCUGUGAGAAGCUCUCGGGAGGGACGAAAUCCAAUUUGCCCUAGAACCGGACUUGCAGCUCAGAACCCUUUUGGCCGGAGGCGGUCUAGGGUUAGGGCUUUAAGGGGUUGAGUGGAAUUUCUGCCCCCAGCGCAGAAUCCAGAAUGUACGCUGAUCGGGUCGAGGCUGAGGCCAAGAGGUCGGUAAAGGAGCGGCUCAACGGCAGCUCCCUCGACGCCCCUUCGCGGCGUCGCCCCGUCACCGGGAAGAGGCAGAGGGAAGAUGAUAAAUGGGAACAUGAUCUUUUUGAGAAUGAUGAACCUCAACUUUCAAAUCACAAAGUUGGUGCUCGUGAUUUGAGAUUGAAACUCCAAAAGAAAGGACUCCAAUCUGCGACUCAAAGUGGAGCACCUGCCUCCAAUGUGCGGGAUUUACGUGAAAAACUAUCUGGUAUUGUAAGUUCACCACCUGCAAACAGUGGUGCAUCUAAACCAAAAUCAGCUUCAGAGGCACCUAGAACUACGAGGAAAAGCGCUGUGGUUGAAGCUUCUACAGAGACCAAAUCCGCCAACCCAGCUCACAAGAAGAAAAAUCAGCAGAAGGACAAUAUGGAGAGCUUUCUUGAGUCCUUGGGUCUUGAGAAGUAUACUAUUACCUUCCAAGCUGAGGAAGUGGAUAUGACUGCACUUGCCCACAUGACCGAUGAGGAUCUCAAAGCUAUGGGAAUACCAAUGGGUCCAAGGAAGAAGAUACUCCUCGCAUUAGAGUCCAGAGAUUGACAUUUUGGGAGGGCAAGGAGUAAGGAAGUAGUUUCUUGUUUACAUGAUGUCUAUGUCGAUAUAGCUCUCAUACUAGCAGGCUCUUUCUUUUUAACUGGGUUAGCCCAUAUGCAAUCCUUUCGGUUUGUCUUUCUUCCUGCUUUCUUUGGCCUUGCUUGGGAAUUCUUUUGUAGGUGCUGUAAUCUGACAACCAUUGCUCUCAGUAGCCGACUCGACAAAUUAAGUAUUUGCUUUAGAGGAUUUUAAUUUAAUAUAAGAUUAGUCGUAGUGUUGCAUUUAUGUUUUUC